GGUUAUUUUCUUUGAGAAGCAUUUAGUGUAUAUUAUUAUUUUGAUAAAUCAAGUUCGUUAGCAGCGGAAUUUUGCAAAACGAUGUCUGCCCCAACUGUGGCACCGUUGAACGGGGGAGGAGCCCAGUACGCUGGGAAAAAGAGAAGAAGGCCUCAGCCUAAAAAAGACAAAGACUCCGGCGAAUCCAGCAAGUCAAACCCAAGCAAGCGACAUCGGGACAGGUUGAAUUCUGAGUUGGACCACCUUGCCAAACUCAUACCUUUCCCAGAGGAAGUGAUAAACAAGCUUGAUAAACUUUCAAUUCUUCGUCUCGCUGUGGCUUACCUCAGGAACAAGAGUUACUACACAGAUGUCAACAAACGGAACGAAAUUGACCAUGAUCCUGCGCUGUAUUUGUCAAACAACACUCGAAAUGAAGUGCCCUGUUUUAGUGAAUCGGAAAGCGAAUUAUCACUCAUGGCAAUCAAUGGCUUCAUCAUUGUUGUACCCCAGGAUUUCAACAUAUUUUAUGUCAGUGAAACAGUGCAAGAAUACCUUGGUUUCCCACAGUGUGAUGUAAUGAAUCAAUCUAUGUUGGAUUUGAUCCAUGCUGAAGACCGGGACUUAUUUACCCGACAAAUGUAUAUGAACCCAAAGUGUCCACCUAAAACAACUCCACCUGUUGAUGGAGAAACCCCACAAGUUCCAGAAUAUACUAACCAUGGACUCUCUGCUAAUAUGUUUAAAGAACUGUCUCGAAAUGGAAUGUUGUAUCGUUCGUUUAUUUGUCGACUUCGAUGCUUGCUUGACAACUCUUCAGGAUUUUUGGCACUUCACUUUACUGGCCAUUUGCGGCUGAUUCCUGGCCAGAACAGAAGAGGGGAACAGAACAUUCUUCUUCCUCCAGAGCAAGCUCUUUUCCUUUACGCAACGCCACUUCAAAGUCCUUCAAUCCUUGAAAUUCGCACGAAGAAUUUCAUCUUCCGAACAAAGCACAAACUGGAUUACACCCCACUGGGAGUCGAUGCCAAGGGGAAGAUUGUUCUUGGGUAUACAGAGCAACAACUACGGCAAAGAUCAGGAUAUGAGUUCGUUCAUUCUGCAGAUAUGAUGCAUUGUGCUGAUGCUCAUACAAAGUUGAUGCGCAAAGGUGAAAGUGGGUUAACAGUAUUCCGUCUUCUACAUAAAAACAACAAGUGGAUUUGGGUGACAGCCUCAGCCCGCUUGGUUUUCAGGAAUAAUCGGCCAGAUUAUAUCAUAUCUACACACAGACCUAUUCCGGAUCAAGAGGGAGAAGAACACAUGAAGAAAAGAACAAAUGCUUUUCGAUUUGACUUCACAGGGCAAGCUAUUCUGUAUGGGGAUGUUAACCCCAUUGGCACAGGGGGAGGACCUGAGAAAAAUCCUAUUAAAGAUAAUGAUCAGCCUGGUGGCAAGAGACCAAGGUACACAAAUAACGUGGAUUCACCACCCACAGAUAGAAUGACAUUGUAUGGAGCGCAAUCUAUGCAGCGCAUGGACAUUUAUGUCGGUAAUUUGCCGAACCAGACCAAUGAGGUAUUCUGCAAUAAUGUCAGUAAUGAAGAAGCAAUAAAGCAAGAACAGAUUGAGCUGGCUCUUCUGCAGGAUAAUGGUCCUCUUACCAAUACUUCAGAUAUUGUGUUUUACCCUAUGGGAACAGAAGUCCCUCCAGAAAACCAGCAUCCACGUGGUCAAAUCCCAUUGAACAAUGGCUUACAACAGGACCACAUGUUUCAAAAUCCAAAUGCUUCAGUCCCAGCCCAGUACCCUGUGGAGCCACCAAGGUUGUACCAUCCUCCUGUCAAUAACCAGAACACAGAAGCACAGGGAUACCACGAACCGCAGCCCAAUGAUAAUUAUUCUGGAAACCAAUUGAAACGUCCUUACCAAGCAUGCUCAAAAAUGGAUUCCCAAGCAAGCCAGCAGUGGAACACCCAAGCCCAAACGCAGACCCAAAACUGGGUUGCUCAGAAACAAAUGGUUGUUGGGGGAAUGCAGCAUACUGCCAAGCACGAGCAAGAUGUUUCUCCUACACCAUUCCCAAAUUUUCAACAAGAAGCACAGGUUAAUGAUGCCAAUGUUACAAAUAUGAAUCUCUACUUCCAACCAAAUGCUAACCACAACCAACAAGCAGGGCCGCAGGGAUAUGAGAAGUACCCUGUCCACUCCAAUCCUAAUGAACCUUCUGUAAUGGACGCUUUAUCAAUAAAAUCUAUGAUGAAAACUGUCGACUACGGACCUGGUCAGAGCUGCAGCAAUGAGGACAAUCUGAACUGGAAUUCUCCACAGCUUAUUGGCUAUCAGGACAACACUGUACAGUUUGAUCUCCAGAAAAUUGCAAGGGAUUUCCAGACCACUAAUCCUAUGUCGCAAGUCCAACAAUACAUUGAAAGAAACCCAGCCCAUGCUAUGGCUAUUGCUACGGGAAAUAUGCCUGAAAGUGGGAUGCCAAAACUGCACAGUGACAAAGUAAAAGUUUACAUGCCAAGUUGUCAAUAUAGUCAAUCUGUUCCUGACAAUGGACAAAUGGCCAUGAUUGAUCAAACUAGUCCAUGUUCUUCUAUGAGCACAGGUAGCAGAGUUUUAUCUGCCAAGUCCUUACAGGAUGCACAACCUAUGUCCGAUUCAAGUCAAGGACCAGGCUCUUCUGGUUAUCAGGGUAGUAUGCAAUCCAAUUAGAAAAAAAGAAUUCUGCAAGAGUAUUGAAACUGUACAUUUGUACAUUCUUUCAACUAUAUUGUGCAAUGGAUGUUAAACAUCUACUUUGGAAAUUUUACCCGUUAUAUAGAUUUCACAUUUCCCUGUGAUUUGUUAAGUGCUAUCUCUACAUUGGUGCUACUUUGUAUGUCAAUCCCUUCACAAAUUACCAAAGACAUUAUUUACAUUGCUUCCCUGUUGUAUCACCACACCUACAAAAGUUGAUCGUUACUUUUUCGUUCCUGUGCCAAUCCCACUUAGUAUAGGGGCCUAACCAACCUACAAUACUGUAGUAUUCGUAAGCUAUAAAACACCAAAGCGACUUGAACAAUGUAUGCCUGUAUACACCUAGCCUUUGUCCCAAUAGUUAGACAAGUUUAAGUCGCUCAUGUUUUUAGAUUUUCUUGCAAUGCUUUUUCUGCUUGCAUUAUUUCAUAUGUUUCUGAUAAUUAAGUCGUGUAUUUACGCUGCCCAAUCUACAUUUGCUUGUAGAGAGAUUUUCAUUUUCUCCCACACAUUGCUGUUGAUCACGAAUUGUAAAAUAACUGAGUUACGAAACUUUGUAGAGUGUAAGCAAGCAAUGUAUUCCAAACAUCA